AUGGCGGCGGCCAUCGCCAGCUCGCUGAUCCGGCAGAAGCGCCAGGCGCGCGAGUCGGGCAGCGAGCGCGUCUCGGCCUCCAAGCGCCGGCCCAGCCCCACCCCGGACGGGCGCUCCCUCUGCCACCGGCACGUGCUGGGCGUCUUCAGCAAGGUGCGCUUCUGCAGCGGGCGCAAGAGGCCCGUCCGACGGCGGCCAGAGCCCCAGCUGAAAGGGAUUGUGACCCGGUUAUUCAGCCAGCAAGACUUCUUCCUGCAGAUGCACCCAGAUGGGACGAUCGAUGGGACCAAGGAUGAAAACAGCGACUACACCCUCUUCAACCUAAUCCCGGUGGGCCUGCGUGUGGUGGCCAUCCAGGGUGUGAAGGCCGGCCUCUACGUGGCGAUGAAUGCCGAGGGCUACCUCUACAGCUCAGACAUUUUCACACCAGAGUGCAAAUUUAAGGAGUCCGUCUUCGAAAACUACUACGUUAUAUAUUCCUCUACGCUGUACCGGCAGCAGGAAUCCGGGAGAGCUUGGUUCUUGGGACUCAAUAAGGAAGGGCAGAUCAUGAAGGGGAACCGGGUGAAAAAGACCAAACCAUCCUCACAUUUUGUACCCAAACCCAUAGAAGUGUGCAUGUACAGAGAGCCUUCGCUGCAUGAAAUCGGAGAGAAGCAAGGACGUUCCAGGAAAAGCUCGGGGACGCCCACCAUGAAUGGAGGCAAAGUCGUCAACCAGGACUCCACAUAGCUGAGAGGAGAGCUGCCCACCCCUGCAUCCGACUUCUCCCCAGCCAGCCAGCCAGC